AUGUCUUUUUUACCAGAAGAAAUAAUUGAACAAAUAAUAUAUUUUUUUUCAGAAUCUUUGAUAUUUAAUAAUCAUUAUGAAAGUAUUGAUUCAAAACAACAUCCAAAAAGACUUAUUGAUAAUAUGCGUUUUGUAUCAAAAGAUUUCAAACGAUUAUUUGAGUAUUCAUUCAGAAAUAUAUAUUUUGAAUUCUAUCAUAUAAAUGAAGUCACAGUUCUAUCUAAAUUAGCGUUAAAACUUAUUAAACGAUAUGAAAAUUAUUUUGAUCCAACACAAAGAAUGAUUAAUUAUUUUAAAGAAAAACAGUGUGAAGAAUUAAAUUUUUAUGAAUCAAUUAUCUUGAAUACUAUAAUUGAUUGUAAUGAUUCUAUCGCAAUUAUAUUCACUGAUUUAUUUAUAAAAAUUGGUAUCUUUAAGAUUUUUUCUUUUGGUGUAGAUUUUACUCUUAGUAAAGAAUGUAAUUGUUCUGGUUCUGAUAGUAAAUCUUGGUUAAUUUUUAAACAAUCAAAAGAUAAAAGAUUUUGGUAUUAUAAAUGUGGAAGAUGUCAAUUUUACGAAAAAGAAGAAAUAUUAUAUUAUUAUAAAAUUUUAGGAUUAAAUGAACGAGCAACUGAUUUAGAAAUUAAAAAAACUUAUAAAAAAUUGAUUUUGAUUUGGCAUCCAGAUAAAAAUAUCAACAACAAAGAGGAAUCUGAAAAAAAAACAAAAGAGAUCACAGAAGCAUAUAAAAUAAUCACAGAUUACAGAGAGAAAUUUAAAAAAACAAAAGUUCCAAAAUCAAAAAAUACAAAACCAAAAAAAACAAACUCAAAACCAAGAAAACCAAGACAAACAAAACCAAAACAGACAAAAACAAAACAAACUAAACCAAAACCAAAAAAAGAACAGCAAAAAUCUACAAAAACUGAACCUGAAACAAAAGAUGUGAAAGCAGAAGUUGAUAAAGAGAUAUUAAAUUUUCUACGUACAUUUUUAAACACAUAUAAUGAUAUAAAAUAA